GAACCACUGAUUUAGAGAUUUUGAGUAUCACAUUUUAAUUAUAGUCAUUAAAGACAUGAUAGUAAGUUCCAAAGACAUACAUUUUCCCUCAGGGAUAUUCCCUGUUAAUUGUACUUGGAAAAAAAUGACAUGAUUUUGACAAACAUACUCGUGAUUACAAGUUGCAAAACUACUGUAAUGUAUAGAUCUAUAGUGUAUUUUAUACACAAUCAGUGCAAUGAUGGAUGAAAGCCAUUCGCUGUCAAAUUGUCAAUAGGGUAAGUGGCGCAUAAAUCUCUGCGUAGGUGACGCCUUAAUCCUAUUAUUGAAGCGAUUGAGACUUGAAGCUGAUAACGAUCUUGCUAAUAAGACCCGUUGAUCUUCGUUCUCGAAUAACUGCAUCACAUCUGCACACCAUUAAGCAUACACACAAAGGCUACAACUAUAGAUUAUGGAUCUUAUCCUGUGUUCGUUAUGUCUGUUAAUGUUAAGCGCUGUGAAGAAAACCAACACUCAAAAUUGGGAUACCACACCGGAAAUGAAACACAGAGAACAAGGGAUAACGAAUGUAGUUGGCUUGGAGCCUAAAACAGUACCUCGUUUCUACGCGAGAAAUGUAUAUACACGCACAGAAAGUCGCAGCUCCAUUGUAAAUAAACCAAUCCCGUUCCACAAAAAAGAUCAGGCUCACAAGCACCUUCCGAGCGAACAGAUUAAUGUCACAUGCAGUGAUUCCAAACUCAGGGUAGAGGUGCGCAAGGAUUUUUGGGGUCCAGAGACACCGCACUUGACAUCUGCCGAUCUGUCGCUCGGGGAGGCCUGCAAAAGUAAUGAAGACACCGCUGAUACCAUCGUCUUUAACUACGGACUGAACACCUGCGGGACCAAGCGGAGUGUGACAAACAAGGAAUUUGUUUAUUCCAACUUUCUGCUUAACACCCCAAGCACUGGUUUACUGCCACAAGAAAGAAACAUCACCGCGGUUCAUUGCCAUUAUGAGCGUGGUGCUGUCAAGGCCAUUCAGAGGCAAGAAUUGAUGCAGAGAUCAAUAACAGGACAUUUUGAUUUCUCCCUUGAUGUCAUGUCAGAGGACUGGCAGUCAAAAUCCAAUGCAAGCAUUUACUUCCUGGGCCAAACUAUCAACCUGCGAGUGUCCAUCAAUCUACACAAUCAUUUUGGAUUUAAAGUCUAUGUGGAUAGCUGUGUGGCAUCUACGAGCCAGGAUCCAGGCUUGGGCAAGAGUUACUCCAUCAUUCAGGACUAUGGGUGUCUGACAAACAGCAUGGCGACCCGUUCCAAGGCAAAGUUCCUCUCUCCUCGUUCUGACCACACCCUGAGAUUUCAGAUCAAGGCCUUCCAGUUCAAGGGAUACAAGCAUGAUCUGAUAUUCAUUCAUUGCGCAGUGAAAGUUAGUGACAGCCAAGCACCCCCUAGCGACCAGUCAAAAAGCUGUCAGUAUGAUGCAGAAACUGGGAGAUGGGACGACCUUGAGGGUCAGCAGAGUCUGUGUGACUGCUGUGAGAUGCAUUCGUGUGGAAAGGGCCGGAGGCAGCCUCGUCACAUCUCCCCUCUACAGCUUGGUAACAACACUACCUCUCUGACAGAGGUUGUGGUGGGUCCACUUUAUAUCUUGCCUGUGGAUGACAUCCAAUCAUGGCCACCAAUGAGCAGAGCCCCCUGGGACACACUGAGCCAUAGUCCUGGAGGAAUGUGGAGGAUGACUGUGGUCCAGCUGGUCGCAGUUUGUGCUUCGGUCAUCUGCACUCUCUGUGCCCUGGUGGGACUUCUCUGCCUCUGCCUCCAUGGCCAGCUCUGCCCAGUUCACAAGGCUCCUUCCCACCCCAGUCAGUAAGACAUCACCCUGGAACUACCAAGCUGCCACAGCUGUGCAAUAUGCUGCCCCCUCUUGUUGAUCUGUCACUAACCGGUAGAAAUGCUAACGGUUUCAGUGGCUCCAAUGGACUAACUACUGAUUUGAUAUGAACAGUUGCUUAUGCUCACUUGAAGUCAGUCCGACAUUGAUUUAAUGGAAGAAUUACACGUGCUUACAUUGCUGUAGACCUGCAGUUUCAAACAGAGCUGGUUUUAGAGUAGUAAUGGUUAUAUGUUGCACAGAUGAACUGAUUGAAAUGGGGAUAGACCUUUGUAGAAGCUAGGUUUUCAAAUUGUCUGUGAAAACUGAAUGGUCAAAAAACACAAGUUGGUGAAAUAGCGUUGAUGAAAAUAAAAUGGCCUGCUUUAAUGUCUAUGCAUCUCUCCAGACUGUGUAGCCACACAUUCACUUGGCAGAACCUCAUCCUUGGAUUUCAGGUGACAGACCGGUUAUUUUUUGGGAAUAAUAAUGUUCUGAUGUAAUCUACUCAAUGAACCAUAUUAUCUGUUACAAAUGAACUGUGACAGGGCUUAUUUUCUUUUCACUAAGCAUGUUGGGAUUGCCCAGUUAUAGACAGCUGUCCUCCAAACUGCUAUCUGUAAAUGGACAUCCAGGAAAAUAUUGUCUAUUGAUGGAUAUCAUCUGAAAUGUUCUUAGUCACAGGUGGUGUCCAUUUUGUUAAAUGCUGCAAUGCUUUUCAGAAGGAAGUGUGAAUAUGUGAAUUUUAUGUUGUGAUGUUUAAUUUACUGCAUACAUUUAUAGCUGUAAUGACAUUUGUAUGUCUGAACUGAUUAUGUUCUUCUGAUGAGAAAUUGGUGCCUUGGAGCAUCUGCUGAAACAUGGUUGUACGUGAACCUUGUUAACACAACUGUACAGAUCCAAAUGUAUUUACAUUUUCCUUUAUGUCUUUAUGUAGUUUGCCCAAUAUAAUCCCUGAAAAUGCAGUAUGAUAUACUCAGGCCCAAACCUG